AUGAAAACUUUUUUGUUUAUGAAAAGACUUGCACUUAACAAUCACAAUGAAAUAGAUAUUCUUGGACUGGGAACAUAUGAAACUAAGUGUGAAGAGGCAGAAUUAGCAAUAAGCACUGCAAUGAAGGAGGGCUACCGGCUAUACGACACUGCGCAGGUGUACAAAAAUGAAAAGCAGGUAAGCGAAGCAAUUACAAAGACGGGCAUCUCCAGGCAGGAUGUUUUUAUAACCACCAAAGUAAGCACAUCAAAUCAGGGAUAUGCAGAAGCAAUGGCAUCUGUUCGGGAGAGUUUGAAGACCAUGGGGCAGGAGUAUGUUGACCUUGUUCUGAUCCACUGGCCAGGCGCAAAGGGGGUAGAUCUUCAGAGCCCAAAAAACAAAGAACUUCGGCAUGGAUCGUACAGAGCGCUUCUUGAGCUGCAGGAAGAGGGUGUAGUGCGGAAUAUAGGUGUAAGCAACUUUAUGACCACACACCUGCGAGACUUAUUUGAGGAGUUUGAGAAGAAGCCUCAGAUAAACCAGAUAGAGCUUUCUCCAUUGUGCUAUCCAAAGGAUGUGGUUGAGUACUGCCAGACCAAUGGGGUAGUAGUCCAGUCUUACUCUACACUAGGAAGAGGGCUUCUUCUUUCUGAAGAGUAUCUGCAGAAGUAUCCACAGCUAAAAAAAAUGAAAGAAAAGGGCUCUCUUGCAAAUCAGAUACUUAAAUGGUCUAUGGAUAAAGACUGCUGUGUAAUUCCUAAGAGUGUGCAUCCAGAUAGAAUCAUAGAGAACUUUAAUGCGCUUUCCCAGACAUUGGAUCCAGAAGAUGAUGAGUUUCUUAGCAACUUUCCGGUAGAAAAUAGAACCUGCUGGGAUCCUUAUACUAUAGCAUAA